CCAGCGCUUAGCUCGUUAGCCUGCUAACAGUAGUCGUGCACGGGGCCUUCUUUCCACGGGGAUUGUCAGCGGUCUGGUGGCGUAGGGACCGUGUUCUCCACGGCUCACUGAGGGGGAGAUGGCUGAUCUCAAACCUACUGGUGGUGACCUAUAUACAGAAUAUAGAAAUACUCUUCCUGGUAUGUCUGUGGAACAAACUAAACAGAUCGAGGUUGCUAUCAAAGCAGGAAACUUCUUAGAAGCAGCUUCUAUGGUGCAGACAUUCAAGAAUUUGUCAGGCAUUGAUUUCAAUAUCGCCGUCACGGGGGAGUCGGGAUCUGGCAAAUCAUCUUUGGUCAAUGCCAUCCGGGGCCUGGAAGAUGAAGACAAAGGUGCUGCUGAGACCCGUGUGAUGGAAAUGACCAAAGCACCAGUACCAUAUUGUCAUCCUACCUGUCCCAUAAUGAUCGUCUGGGACCUGCCCUCGAUUGGGACCCCAGAUUUUCGGCCAGACACUUAUCUGAAAGAAGUGAACUUCAGCCGCUACAAUGUCUUCAUCAUCAUCGCUUCAGAGAGGAGCAGAUUCUGCCACACCAAGCUGGCCCGGGAGAUAAAGAAGAUGGGAAAGAAGUUUUUCUUUGUACGCUCCAAAGUGGACUUGGACCUGUAUAAUGAGGAAAGCAAAGAGAGCUUCAAUGAAGAGAGAACCCUGGAGAAAAUUAGAAAGGACUGCGUCAACAACCUGUCCAGAGUAGGGGUGAGCUCCCCGCAGGUUUUCCUUGUCUCGAGUAGGGAAUUUCAGAAAUACGAUUCUCCACAGCUGCAGAAGGCUUUGCUAAAGGAAUUCUAUAACCACAAGAUGGAGAUGUUCAGAGCCACUGAAGCCACCAGGGACAGUGGGAUAAUGGAAGAUUCAAACACUCACUGGGAUGGUUUCUUUUCAAAAUGGAGCAGUAAACUGCCCGGUCUGUCUGAGGAGGAAACUGAAAAGUUCCAGACCGCUGUCAAAGCUGGGAACUUCUCAGAAGCCAUGUCUGUGGUGAAGAUGUCUGAUGACAUGUUAAGAAAUACCACGCUCAACAUCGCCAUCACAGGGAACUCGGGCUCUGGGAAGUCGUCUUUCAUCAAUGCCAUAAGAAGCCUGAACGAUGAUGACAGAGGCGCAGCUGAGACUGGAGUGACAGAAACAACAAAGGAUCCAACUGCUUACCCCCAUCCCAUUCACCCAAAUGUGAUUGUGUGGGACCUUCCUGGGAUCGGAACAACGAAAUAUCCAGCAAAAACUUACCUGACCGAUGUGAAUGUUUAUCGUUAUGAUUUCUUCAUCAUCGUCGCAGCCGGGCGCUUCACAGAAGCUGACACCAAACUUGCCAAAGAAAUCAACAGCAUGGAGAAGAAGUUUUACUUUGUCCGCACCAAGGUGGAUGUGGACUUGGCUAAUGAACAAAAAAAAAAAGAUUUCAAAGAAGAGAAAACUCUAGCGGCAAUCAGAAGUGACUGCCUGGAGCAGCUACAAAAAGCAGGGAUCAUCUCCCCACAGGUUUUCCUGGUGUCAAGAUGGGACUUUCACAAGUACGAUUCUCCCCUACUGCAGGAGACUUUUGCAAAUGACCUCAACAUUCACAAGAGACACGUUCUCAUCUGUGCCCUGCCCAGCACCUCUGAAGAAAUCUUGAAAGAGAAACAGAAGGCCCUGCAGGAACAGAUCUGGAAACAAGCCCUGAAGUCGUGCGCUCUCGCUGCUGUUCCUCUCCCAUUUCUCUCAGUUAAGUGUGAUGUCGACAUCCUGGUGGAGAACAUGAGAGAGUAUUGCAAGUCAUUUGGCCUGGAUGAUGAUUCCAUCGAAUCACUUGCUAAACAAGUUCGGAUGUCUGCUGAUGAGCUGAAGUGUGUAAUAAAGUCCCCUCUGGCCAAAGAUAUAACAAGAGAAGAGGCUUUGAAGCGUCUCAGAGAGGCUACAGGGGAACCUAUGAUGAGAGUUAAAUCUUUUAUCAGCCUGAUACCACUGAUUGGCACUGGGAUAGCAGCAAAGAAGUCUUACAGUGUCACCUCUGAAGUGUUACUUAGGUUUUUGGAUGAAGUUGCAGAAGAUGCUCAACGAGUCCUGAAAAAGGCUUUGGAGGGAGCAGGGAAUAACCAAUAACAGUGUCCCAAGGCAGAGCUUCUCCCCAGCUUCCCAGGAUAAACUGCCACAUCCCUGGUCUCCUUUCUGCAGUUUGAUUGUCCCAAAUGUAAACAAACCAAGAGACAAAACCAUUUUUCAGCUCAACCUUCCACUGCCGACUUUCACAGCCUCUCCUCCCAGGGGUCUCUGGCAGUCCUGCUGCUCCUGCUUCCUGGCUCUCUCUCAGCCAGUCCCUCCUCAGUGGGUCUCUCUAGGGUCUGUCCGCACUGCACACUAAGCAUGGACUCCGACUCGGGUUUAAUCCUCAGCCCCACUUCCUUCCACAGCCAAAUCAGACUGACUUGGGUUAGUGAGCACUCAGGAACAGGUUGUAGGACUCUGCCGGGAGGUUGGGUCAAAGCCUGAGUCCCACUGAGACUCAGGUCCAAGCCCUGUCAUUCUCCAGUAUGGACACAACUCAUGCUGCAGACCCCAAUCAGAAGCUCUGCGUAAUGCAGUGUGGACGUGCUAGCACAGCCCUGAGACCUGGGUCCAGCACUUGUAAACCCAGGUUUCCAGUGAAAUGUGGACGCUCAUGUGCAGGCUUGGAAACACCGAGUCCAUAAGGUCAGGUCCCAGAGACCCAGGCUUACAAUGCAGUGUAGACAUGCUUUCUCGGACCUGUAUCGCCCCAGGUGGCAAAAAACAGAAGAGCAACAGGUCUGACACCAAACCCAGGUCUAGUGGAGACUCGAUCUGAGUAGAGAGGAGGUGGCGUUUCCUUCCUUCUCACAUGUAAUGUGACAGAUGAGAGAAAGACUGACUAGGAUUUGGGGAGGGGAGGGAACAGCUACGUUUUUUCUUUUAAAAAGAAGAUGAUU